UUGGAAAUGUUGCCGGGCAACAGUGUACCUGCAGAGGAAAGUGUAUCUUACCUGUAAGCUGAGACGCAGAGGACAGCUGUUGGACCCCGGGAUGACUCAUCCCUGGUUUAGGGCAGCUUCUUUAAAUCAACGAAAGAACUAGAAAAACCAAGAAGUCCACGUCCCAGCAGCCACAAACCUCUUUAGAGAGAGAGAGAGACAUCUGAUGUGAAGAUGGCAUUAGCCAGCGGUCAUUGGGUGGAGAAAGAGAUGAGGGGAGAAGCUCCGAGUCCCAGACAUGGCCACGCCUUGGCUGUGGCAGGAAACAUGGCCUUCUUGUUUGGAGGAGCCUCCAGUUCACAAGAGGAGGACGACCCUGUUUACCAUAAUGACUUCUACAUGCUGACAGUUUCUCCUGAUGAUGUGACAUGGGAGGAGAUUCCUCAGAGUGGAGAAGUUCCCUCAGCCAGAGAAGGACACACUCUGUGUGUUGUGAAAGGGAAGCUGUAUCUGUUUGGAGGAGCAUCCAGCCCUGACGCCACUGAGUGUCUCCCGGGAGUCUACAGCUUUGAUAUCGUGUCUUUGACCUGGGAUUACUUGGCGGUCGGGGGUGUGGCCCUCAGAACCCUCACACACAGCUCUGUGGCUGUGGGAGACAGCAUCUAUGUGUACGGAGGCGUUGUGGGAGGGAAUCCAACCAACGAUCUCAUGGUUUUCAACACAGUGUCUCUCACCUGGACACCAGUGAGAACUAAUGGGUCACUACCUCCUGCCCUGAGUGGUCAGAGUUUUGCUCUGGUUGGAGAUCAGGUGUUCAUGUUUGGAGGUUAUGAUGAAGGUGGAGACUUCUGUAAAGACCUCCACGUUCUCAACACAGAGAACCUGGCGUGGCACAAAUGGGAGGUGAAGGGAGAAUCGCCUGCAGGCUGCACCGGGCAAACACUGACUGCACACCAUGAUAAAGACAUCUAUCUUUUUGGUGGCAAAAACACAAAUGAGGACGGCGCGGUGACGUCUUCCAAUGAAAUCCAUAAACUCAGCAUCGCUAAAAUGAAGUGGAAGGUUCCUCUGUACGUCGGGAUUCCUCCGGCCCGUCGCCAUGGACACACCGCCUUCAUCCUCCACAGCCACCUGUUUGUAUUUGGAGGGAAGAAUGAAGAGCAGGAGUUUAAUGACCUGAAGGCCAUGAAACUCAUUAAUCCCUCAGAGAGACAACCAGUGAUGAAGGAGAUUCUGUCAGAGUUUGGUCUGCAGGGAGUCAGCCACAGCUUCGCUCCCACAAAGGUUCCCAACGUCCGCUACGAGCUCAGCGACUCGGCUCCGUCCAGUCAGCCCAGGAGCACAGCAGCUAACACACAGGUGUCUGUCCACAGAGACUUCGGUACAGUACGAGAUCAGGCCAUGAAAAUGAUCCAGUCAGCCUUCACUCUGCUGGACCAGGAGUUCCAGAAACUGGAUCGCUACAUUUCUUUCCUCCAGGGAGAAGUCAGAGUUGUCCAAAGCUGCUGCUGCUCUGCAAAGAGAGAGAGAAGCUCACCAAGUCCACAGACAACAACAGCAACAGGAGCUGCAGGAAAUGCUGGACAGACAUCGCUGUCAAAACGAAGCCUGGCUCCGAGCGAGAGCAGAGGAGAACGACCGCGAGAGGAGGGAGCUGUGCAGACUCAGAGAGGAGGUGUUGCAGGAGCAGGAGAGGCUGAAGGAGGAGCACAGCAGCAUCCAGAAACGCAGCGAACACCUUCUGUCCAUCAUGCAGCAGUUCAAAGGAAUGUGAGAUGAUGAUGAUGAAGAUGAUGAUGAUGAUGAUGAUGACAGCUGGUCAUAAUACUAUUGGAUUAUAAUUAAAAGCCUAAUUUCAUUGAUGAAUUGAUAGAUCGGUGAUGUGAGAACAUAACAUAAUAAACAGGAGCUGAAUCACUGAUUGUCUAAAUGACCUGUUGUUGUUCUUUUAUAAGGUAAAUUCCAACUAUAAGAGGAACAGAUAUGAAAAAAAUCAAAAUCUAUUGCACUGCAACAAAAGCAGGCUUAAAGUUCUGCCGUGUCUCCAUCUGCAUGCAGUUCUGUUCAACAGUGUGAUGUUGUCCUGAUGUCAGGUGAGCAGACGGUACAUCUGAAUGUUCACGUUGCAUUUCUCUCCUUGUUUUGUCUGUGUAUAAAAGCAGUGGUGG